AUGGGUGCUAAAUCCCUCCUUCCAGAGGGCACCCCUCCGAGGACAACUGGAUAUGGCCAAGAGGGGAAGUUUAGUGGAUCCCUGAAACCCAUGACUUUUUCUAUUUUUGAAGGCCAAGAAAUGAGUCAAAUCGUAUUCCAGUUUAAGGCCAAUCCUCCUGCUGUGACUUUCAAACUAACUGGGGAGACAGAUGGUAUAUUUCAUAUACAACCGGAUGGACUUCUAUAUUACAACGGAACCCUGGACAGGGAAACAAGAGCUGUUCAUAAGCUCGAGGUCUCAGCCUUGGAUGAGCAUGGAGCCACAGUGGAGGGCCCGGUCACCAUCACCAUAGAAGUGAAGGACAUCAAUGACAAUCGACCCAUGUUUCUCCAGUCAAAAUAUGAAGGCUCAGUAAGGCAGAAUUCUCGCCCAGGAAAGCCCUUCAUGUAUGUCAAUGCUACAGACCUGGAUGAUCCAGCCUCUCCCAACGGCCAGCUUAUUUAUCAAAUUGUCAUUCAGCUUCCCAAGAUCAACGACGUCAUGUACUUUCAGAUCAACAACAAAACAGGAGGAAUUUCACUUACCCUAGAAGGAUCUCGGGAACUGGAUCCUGUUAAGAAUCCUUCCUACAGUCUGGUGGUCUCAGUGAAGGACAUGGGAGGCCAGAAUGAGAAUUCCUUCAGUGACAGUGCUUCUGUGGAUGUUAUGGUGAAGGAGAAUAUUUGGAAAGCGCCAGAAACUGUGGAGAUUGUGGAAAACUCAACUGAUCCUCACCCCAUCAAAAUCACUCAGGUGCGAUGGAAUGAGCCAGAUGCACAAUAUUCCUUAGUUUACAAGGAGAUGCUGCCAAGAUUCCCAUUUUUAAUUGACCAGGAAGGAGAUAUUUAUGUGACUCAGCCCUUGGAUCGAGAAGAAAAGGAUUCAUAUGUUUUUUAUGCGAUUGCAAAGGACGAGAAUGGAAAACCACUUUCAUACCCACUGCAAAUUAAUGUGAAAGUUAAAGACAUUAAUGAUAAUCCACCUACGUGUCCAUCUACAGUCACUGUAUUUGAGGUCCAGGAGAAUGAAAAAAUAGGGAGCAGUAUUGGAACUCUUGUUGCCCGUGACAUGGAUGAAGAAAACACCAUCAACAGUGUUUUAGGAUACAGAAUUGUGGAUCAGUCCCCCAAGUCUCCCAGAGAAGGGCUCUUUCUGGUCGAACUCUACACAGGAAUGUUCCAGUUGGCCAAGCAGUCCUUGAGGAAGCAAGACAGUCCUCAGUACCACUUGACAGUAGAGGUGUCCGACAAAGAUUUCAAGACCCUAUGUCAUGUGCAAAUCCACGUUAUUGAUAUCAAUGACCAGAUCCCCAUCUUUGAAAAAUCAGACUAUGGAAACCUAACUCUUGCCGAAGACACAGCUGUUGGGUCCACCAUCUUAACCAUCCAGGCCACGGAUGCUGAUGAGCCAUUUACUGGGAGUUCUAAAAUCCUGUAUCGUAUUACACAGGGAGACAGUGAGGGGCGACUGGGGAUUGACACAGAUCCCCAAACUAACGCUGGAUAUGUCAAGGUUAAAAAGCCUCUUGAUUUUGAAACAGCAGCUGUUCACAACAUUGUGUUCCACGCGGAAAAUCCUGAGCCUCUGGUGUCUGGUGUAGAGUACAAUGCCAGCUCUUUUGCUGCAUUCAAGCUUAUUGUGACAGACGUAGAUGAAGUACCCCAGUUUUCCCAACAAGUUUUCCAAGCAAAAGUCAGUGAAGAUGUGGCUAUAGGCACUAAAGUGGGCAACGUGACUGCCAAGGAUCCGGAAGGUCUGGGCGUAAGGUAUUCACUAAGAGGUGACACGAGAGGUUGGCUGAAAAUUAACCCCACCACUGGUGAGAUCUUUAGUGCGGCUCCGCUGGACAGGGAAACUGAAAGUCUGUAUCGGGUACAAGUAUUGGCAACUGAAGUAGGUGGAUCCUCCUUGAGCUCCACAGCGAAUUUCCACCUGACCCUUACGGAUGUGAACGACAACCCCCCACGGCUAGUCAAGGAGUACACAGGCUUGUUCUUCUGCUAUCCCCUCAAAGCACCUGGCAGUCUCAUUUUUGAGGCUACUGAUGAUGAUCAGAAGUCAUUUCGUGGUCCACAGUUUACAUUUUCCCUUGGCAGUAAAAGCUUACAAAGUGACUGGGAAGUUUCCAAAGUCAAUGGAUCUCAUGCCAGACUCUCCACCAAGCACACGGGCUUUGAGGAGCGAGUUUACAACAUCCCAAUCCGCAUCAAUGAUGGUGGUCGGCCACCCUUGGAAGGGACUGUCUCUUUACCAGUUACUUUCUGCACGUGUAUGGAAGGAACGUGUUUCCGGCCAGCAGGUCACCUGGCUGGGAUACCCACCGUGGGCAUGGCGGUUGGUAUACUCGUGACCACCUUUCUGGUCCUUGGUAUAAUUUUAGCAAUUGUGUUUAUACGAAUGAAGAAUAAAGGCAAAGACAGUGUCAAAAGUGCUCAGGCAUCUGAAGUCAAACCUCUGAGAAACUGA